AAAAUAAAAAAACUACUCAUCCUUAAAACAUUUCCUUCUCUAAGACUUUGAGUACGGAGAAACACUGUUGAGAGCGUUGUUUCCUUAAUACGCCUGUAGCACGCUAAUUAAUCGGGACUUCAAUAUGAACAUAACGCAUAACACUGAAUGAAAAAACAAAAAUAAAAAAUACACACACAUGUCCCACCCAACUGACGUGCCCUGACACUAUAGAACUUGCAUAAAGUUCAAAAAAAUACCAAAAUUUUCAUACAAUAAAAAAGGAAAAGCGAGAAGAGGAAAGCGUAAAAUCGCCGGCGAUUUGCUCUGACAUCUUCAUAUUAUUAAAGGGAAUCUCCUCUUCUCUUCGCUUCCGAAAAGUUCUCUCUCUCCUUGGUAGAGUUGAACUCUAUUCUCAAGUUUCUUCUUCCAAGGUUAGCUAUACAUUUCUCAUCUUGGGCUUAAUUCGUUGAUUGGAUGGGAUAUGGCAGAACCACUUUGGUUGCCGUUGAAGGAGAAUAGGAUAGCACAAGCAACUUUUGCGGUGGUUGGAAUCAUGUCUACUCUCGUCAUUUAUGGCAUUUUACAGGAAAAGAUCAUGAGAGUUCCCUACGGACCGAACAAAGAAUAUUUUUCAUAUUCAUUGUUUCUUGUCUUUUGCAAUCGGAUUACCACCUCUGCGGUCUCUGCUGGAGUUUUACUGGCAAGUAAGAAGGCCUUGGACCCAGUAGCUCCACUCUAUAAAUAUGGUGUUGUUUCUGUUUCUAACAUCCUUACAACUACAUGUCAGUAUGAGGCUCUCAAGUACGUUAGCUUUCCUGUUCAAACCCUGGCAAAAUGUGCCAAGAUGAUACCUGUAAUGAUCUGGGGUGCUAUCAUUAUGCAAAAGAAAUACCAAGGACAGGACUAUCUUUUCGCAUUCCUAGUAACCAUGGGUUGUUCAUUAUUUAUUCUGUAUCAG